AUGUCCGACACAGCAGCAGUAGCCCGGCCGAUAAAGCCACAACGGCGGUCCUCGCCCGUUAAGAACGGCUACCUCAUCCUCUACAACUUCGUCUCCGCCGUCGCCUGGGCCACCGUCCUCGGCCGUACCGUCGCCCUCUUUGCCCUCCGUGGCCCGCACUUUGUCCACCUCGGGGUGGGCGACUGGACGAGGUGGACGCAGACCAUGGCCGCGAUGGAGGUUCUUCACGCGCUGCUCGGCGUCGUCCGGGCCCCCGUCUUCACGACCGUAAUGCAGGUCCUCAGCCGCUUCGUCCUUGUCUGGGGCGUCGUCUACCCCUUCCCCUCCCUCGCCCGCAGCCCCUGGUACUCGUCCAUGCUACUAGCCUGGAGCGUCACCGAGGUCAUUCGCUACUCGUACUUUGCCCUGACCCUCAGCGGCCUCCAGCCCAAAGCCCUGACCUGGCUGCGCUACAAUACUUUCUUCGUACUAUACCCCGUCGGCAUCACGAGCGAGUGCGUGCUCAUCUACUACGCCGCCGAGCCCGCCAGACAGUUUGGGGAGCUCUUCCCAUAUGUCUCGUAUGCUAUUCUUGCCAUCUACGUUCCUGGAUCAUACAUCCUGUACACGUACAUGAUGAAGCAAAGGAGCAAAGUCAUGCGCAACUUGAAGGCCGAGGAGGCGGGCCGCUCCAAGACGCAAUAA